GGUCAUUUAUCAUUAUCAAAAUAUCAAUGGUUGAUGUGUUAUUGUAUUGUUUACAGUUUGGAUUAGAAUAUUAUAAAAUUUUAAGAUUGUGUGUACUGCGAGGCACUUUAAAAUAACCGUGUUUCAUAUUCCAUGAACAUACACAAUGUCUGAAUCUUAUGAAUAUUUAUUCAAGUUUUUGGUCAUUGGGAGUGCUGGGACGGGGAAAUCUAGUCUGCUAAAUAAUUUUAUUGGAAAUAAAUUCAAAGAAGAUAGAUGUCACACAAUUGGGGUUGAGUUUGGUUCAAAAAUUGUAAACAUAGGUGGAAAGUCUACUAAACUACAGAUAUGGGACACUGCUGGUCAAGAGAGAUUUCGCUCCGUAACCCGCUCCUAUUAUCGUGGAGCUGCAGGUGCUCUGCUUGUGUAUGACAUAACCUCUCGGGACUCAUUCAAUGCACUCUCGAAUUGGCUUAGGGAUGCCAGAACACUUGCAAGCCCUAACAUAGUAAUAUUACUUGUUGGAAACAAAAAAGACAUGGAAGAAUCAAGAGAAGUCACUUUUACAGAAGCUAGUCAAUUCGCCCAAGAAAAUGAAUUGAUGUUUCUUGAAACCAGUGCUAAAACAGGUGAAAACGUAGAAGAAGCUUUCUUGAAAUGUUCCAAAACAAUUUUGGCUAAAAUUGAAACAGGUGAAUUAGAUCCUGAGCGAAUAGGUUCAGGCAUUCAAUAUGGGACUGGGACCUCUAAAAGGCUUAGCGCGCCCAAGAAACCUGCAAGAAGUCCAUCCGAUUGUGCUUGUCAUGUAUAACAUUAUUUCUUGGAUACAUAGAAUGCAUGAUCUGCUGGCAGAUGAUGACUAAAUCUAUAUUAUUUGCGUUCUUAUUUUUUAAUGCUAUUGUUAUAAGUACCUACCUAUGUAAGAAUCAAAAAUAUAUGAAGGCAAUUUAAUUGUACUCCAUUUAGAAGAUCUGAUUACUGACUAGAAAUUAUAUAAUUAAUUUAAACUACUUUUAAUGUGAUUGUUAAUUACUACUAAUUGCAUGCUGUGGUCACUUUUGCUGUAAUUAUUACGUUAAUUCACUGCACACAUCUCCCCUUUUGUUGAGAUAUAUUGUGAUGAGAUAAACUAGUAAUUCUCAAA